UUUGAACAAUUUCAACCAUAUCGUUCAAACAAAACACAGACAAAACAGAGCAAAAAUCCAAAGCCCCAAAAUGCAGCAAAACAAAAACCCAUUCCCAAUCUCACUACACAACACACAUGUAAAGCUAUUAGCUUUCGAUCUUCUAACCCUAACCCCACCGAUCUCCCCAAACCACUCCUUCACCCGCAACUCUAUCCCCAUCACACGCGCUGAAACCGUAGGAACCAUAACCCUCCGCGACCACAAACCCUUCAAAUUCCUCCGUUUCGCUAUCGACGACGGAACCGGUUGCAUCCCUUGUAUUCUCUGGCUUAACCACAUGACUUCUCCUCAUUUAGCUCGCCGGCGUAGUCCUCAGGAUCUCUGUCUUCUUGCUGAUGCUGCUGCGAGAUCGGCGGAAGUGGUGAAGGUUGGGAAUGUUGCUAGGGUUAGAGGGAGGGUUACGGAGUAUAAAGGAGGGGUGCAGAUAACUGUUACGGAUGUUAUUAGUGAGAGGGAUCCGAAUGUUGAGGUUUUGCAUUGGGUUGAGUGUGUUAAUUUGGCUAGGAAUUGUUAUAAUCUUGUUAAUGUUUCUUCUUCUUCUGGUUCUGGUUCUGGUUCUGGUUCAGUAGUACCUAAAUUGAAUUAGAAUUAGAAGACUUGUUGAUUUUUGGUUUUGUUGUAAUUGUUUGUGAUUGGUGAUAGUGAUUAUAAGAAAUGUUGACUUGUUAUUGAGAUGA